AUGAUGAAGUUUCUUUUAAUCUUUUUCCUGCUCACUGGAACGCAUACUCUUCCGUAUUUGCAAACGAAUGAACGUGUCUCUGGUGGGUCGGAAGCUGCCAUCGGCGCUUUUCCAUGGAUGAUUUCUUUAAGUUUUAAUUUCUUCGACGUUUUUAAAAGUGAAUGUGGUGGUGCUAUACUUUCCGACAAUUUUUUACUUACAGCCGCCAGUUGUUUUCAAGGUCUCACUGUCGUUACACAAUACAUUACGAUCAGAGCAGGUCUACACAAAAUCACUAGCAGAAACGAAACAACUGAACAACAUCGAUCAGUUGCUCAUAUACUUGUACAUCCUGAUUACAGUCCACUUGAUGAGACCAACGAUCUGGCAUUGGUACACGUUCAUCCACCAUUCGAUUUUAGUUCAUCAUUUGUAUCGAUGAUAUCAUUAUCAAACUUAACAUCGCUACAAAAUAUGGAUUUAAUUACGAUAGGAUGGGGUCAUCUUAGUGCAAAUAUUUCAGCAGAUACUUUGCAACAAGUAACCAUUCGAGAGAAUAUUCAAUGUACAGAGAGUAAGGCAAUUAAUUCAAGUACACAACUUUGUGCACCAGGUACUUGUGAAGGUGAUGCCGGUGGUCCAUUGAUGAUUUUCUCAGAUAUUACUCAUGAAUAUGAACUAGUUGGUAUCGCAAGCGCUCGUAAUGCAUGUACGACAGAAGGUUUAUUUACUCGAAUAGAACCGUUUCUCGAAUGGAUCUUGGAUAUAUUGGACAACCCACCCCCAACGCCACCUCCAAUUACAUUUCCUACAGUAGCACCACUAGAAUCAACAACAACAACUCCAGAAGUACUCGGCCCACCUAUUCCGUUCAUAUGUAAUACAAGUCUAUCAUGUGGUUGCUCAUCAGUUCCCGUUGUCUUUCAUGAUGAAUUUCCUAUGUCGACAACACCGCCUGCCUCCUCCGACCAAUAUGAAGCACGUAUUGUCGGUGGUGAAACCGCACAACCUCAUAGUUGGCCGUGGUCUAUUUCAAUUCGAAUUUAUAAUAUUCAUAUUUGCGGUGGAUCUCUCAUUAAUAGUGAAUGGGUGUUAACGGCUGCUCAUUGCUUGGUAGAAAUCAAUGAUCUUACAGUUCAUAUUGGUGUACAUGAUGUCACCACACAUUCACCUAUCAUUCGUACAAUCAAGAAAGAGUUUGCACAUCCAGACUACAUACCAUCACCAAAAUUUAUCAAUGAUAUCGCUCUUUUUCGUUUGUCAUCGCCAGUAGAUCUUACUGUGCCCGAUGUCAAUCCUGGUAUUCCGUGUUUGCCAGCACAAUCGAACGAUCUUAACUAUCCACGGGCAGGCACUACUCUGGCAGUUGUCGGAUGGGGACGAGUAUUCUCUGGUGGUCCGCAAUCAGCGAGACUACGCCAAGUCCGUGUGGUGACUCUAGAUAAUGACGAUUGGCGAUGCAGUAACGCUAGUCACGACAGACAACGGCAAUUCUGCGCAAUGGUGAAUGGAGGUGGAAAAGAUUCUUGUCAAGGCGAUAGCGGUGGUCCAAUUCAUCAAUGGUUAGAUGAUCAUUGGGAGCAAGUUGGUAUUGUUAGCUUUGGUAAAGGAUGCGCUCUGGCAAUUCAUCCUGGUGUAUAUACACGACUUUCAUUUUAUCAUGAUUGGAUUCAUCAGACGAUUGAAAGUGCACAUACAUCUACAAUAUCAUCGCACAAUAGUCUAGAGAAAAAGUUGUUCGGUGACGAUAUUUCUUUGGCUAAACUUACAAACUACUGGAGAAAACAAGUCACACAUAGCACGUCUAUUCGAUUUGAGAUGGAUAUUAACUCAACAGAAUUGAACAAUAUGACGCUUUCCGGUCCGAAAAAUUAUGACGUAUCCCAAUGUAUUAGUUGCAAUUCGAACCAAAUUUCGAUGGCUUUAAUUCCAUGUGGACAUGCUGCAGUAUGUGUUCCAUGUGCAUUCUCAUCGAAUCAAUGUCCGAAAUGUCAUCGAGAAGUUGAAUCUUUGAUGAAAGUUCACUUCAUGUAA